CUUUUACUCCUCUCCCUAUAUAAUCUCUUCCACUUCCACACAAAUUUCUUGAACCAAACAACCCUGUUCACAAUGGCAGCAAUAGCCAAUGAUAUUCAGAGAAACUCCAAAUCUUCCAAAUGGUUUGCUAGCAAGAGUCUCAAGCUCAGCUUCCCUCGUCGCCGAUCAUCGUCGAAGUCCAUCUCAUCGCCUUCAACCUCUCCCACCUCCCCUUUCUCUCCGUUAACUACCGCUACCACUCCAAGACAUACCAACAGGGAAGAUGAGUUCAGAGAAGUAUUUCGCUAUUUCGACGGAGAUGGAGAUGGAAAAAUUUCGGCCACGGAGCUGAGAGCUUAUUUUGGGUCCACAGGGGAGUACAUGUCGUAUGAAGAGGCCGAGACUGUGAUCAAGGAGCUCGAUUCCGACGGGGACAGUCUGUUAAACUUUGAGGAUUUUCUUCAGCUGAUGAAGAAGGAAGGCGGCAAGGACGAGGAUCUGAAGAGGGCUUUCGAGAUGUUUGAACUGGAGAAAGGGUUCAUAACCCCAAGAAGCUUGCAGAGGAUGUUGCACAGACUCGGAGACACCAAGUCCUAUGAUGAGUGUGCGACUAUGAUCCAAGUUUAUGAUACUGAUGGGAAUGGGGUGCUUGAUUUUAACGAGUUUCAUCGAAUGAUGGCUUAAACGGCUUUAAUUUUGCGAAAAAGAUUACCUAAUUAACGAAUCACAGAAUAUGUAUGUAAGCGCUUAGUUGCGUGGUUCUUGAUAUGGUAAUCAAUGAACGCAAACUAUGAUUCGGUUUUGCUUUGCUUUGAA